AUGUUCAUCCCCUAUCGCGGACCCUCAAAGAAGAAAGACACCAACACACGACGAGCAAUCAAUGCAUUCGUGGCGACAGAGGCAAGCACCAGACGGCGCAGGCAAAGGGGAGAAGAGCCUGAGCACCAAGCGAGGCAGGGGACACUGCAGUGGCUUCAGAUUCCGGAUCGUCCUGAUCCAAAAGAGACAACAAUUGACCGACGGAACGAAUCUCAGGAAGAUGAUGGUCAGGCACAAAGGAAGCCGUUGACACAAGCGAUCGUUGUUUCCACACCUGUUGGGGCCGGCAAGUUCUACCCCUUCAGGGGAUUCGCGUCCAGAKGCCCUUUGACUGCGCGUGCUCUGAGCUACUAUUUCGACAUCCUUCUCCCUCACGACGCAAAGGCUCUUGGACUGGGAGACGUGGGCACGAGAUCAUUUGGCCGCGGACUCCUCUCGUGGGCCUCGAAGCACGAUCUGAUUCUGCAUGGAUUGUCAGCAUUUACCCUGUGUAGCCUGGAAUGUCAGGAUGUUACCGGCAACAGCAGUCGAGCCAUCAUGUUUCAUCGGAAUAAGGUCUUGCUGGAUCUGCAUCACCGCCUGUCCCGGCAGCAAGUGGACGACGUCUUGAUACAGGGCAUGGCUCUGCUGAUCCCGGUAGACGACUAUCUUGGCCAUUAUGAGUUUGGUCCUGUCCAUCUGAAUGGGAUGCGAGAGGUGGUCAAGCUCCGUGGAGGGUUCGAUGCCGUCGGAAACUCCGACGAGAAUGCUUUCGGAAGGAACCUUCGCAUGAGUCUGCUUGUAACCCAGAGUAUGGUCGAGUUUCACGUCCACACAGCGAUCAUAAAUAGCCCAAAUGCGCUUGCCAACGGGGAGCUGACUUAUCCUCUGCCGGUGUUGGGGGAGGUAGCUCAGGAUCUACCGCCGGGCUUUCGCGACCUGGUCCGUUACCGCUAUCUGUCAGAAGAGGCGAUUGGAAUUGUCAGGGAUUUUUCAUACUGGCUUACGAGAAGUAAGGAAAGCGAGCCAGCAGUCCGACAAACGUGGCGAUGCACCAUGUCCUGCGACUUAAAUAACCUUGAGAAAUGCAUAUGUGUCACCCUGGCAUGUCUCGCCGACGACCUCAGCGCUAUGGGGGUUCAUCCGGCAGCGUUGAUUUUUCGUAAGCCUCAGCGACGUGCUGAGGCAUUAGGAGCCGUUGCGGAGGUGUGGAACGAUCCCGUGCUCAUUGAGUGUGUAAUAUGGAUGUGUACUGUCGUUGCGACACCACAGAACAGGCAGCUCAUCUCCAGGGAGAAGCAGCGGCAACUGCUCAGGAGGUCAAUUCAGCAAAGAUACCCGGCAAGUAACUGGAACGACAUACGGCGAAUAUUGCAACGGUUUUUCUAUGAUCCAACUCGUGAGAAAGAUUGGGAAGAGGCCUGGAAUAUAGCACUGGCUGGACUUACUGAAAUAGAGAAAUGA